AUGUCCCAUCAUCCUACCUAUACUUUAGCUGGCUUAUGUGCCGUUGGCGGUGUUGUUGGUUUUGCAAAGACACGUUCGCUUCCUUCUUUAGUAGCUGGACUUGGUGUUGGAGCCCUUUACGGAGCUGCCGGUUAUUUAAUUCAACAAAACAAGGAUUAUGGUCAUGAGACAGCCAUCGCUGCUACCACCUUGUUGGGUGGUGCCAUGAUUCCUCGUGCCAUCAAGACCAGAAAGCCUGUGCCUAUUGCAUUAUCUGUCAUUUCUCUUGCUGCUGGUACCUACUAUGUAAAGAAGGUGAUUGAUUACGCCUAA